AUGGAUAGCAAAGAUUAAGAAAAUAAAAUAGAAGAUUAAGUUGAUUAAAACUAAGAGUAAUCUUCCGAUUAAGUAUUUUCAUAUCAAGCGCCUUGGGUAAUAUAUGCUUUAGGAUUUUCAACUAAUCCAGAAUAUAAUUAUAGAAUAGCAAUAGCAAGCUUUUUAGAAGAUAUAGAUAAUUAAAUCGAAAUAGUUUAAUUAAAUCAAGAAAAAGGCGAAUUUGAAAAAAAAUGCAGUUUCGAACAUAAAUAUCCUCCAACAAAACUUAUAUGGAUACCCGAUAAAAAAGGAAGUCAUCCAGAUAUAUUAGCUACUUCAGGAGAAUAUUUGAAAAUUUGGCAAGUAUAAAAUAAUGAUAGCGUGAUCUUAAAAUGUGAUUUAAUAAAUUAAAAUGAGUUUUCAGCCCCAUUAACUUCUUUUGACUGGAACUUAGAAAGUUUAAAUUUAAUAGGAACAGCAUCAAUAGAUACUACAUGUACAAUAUGGGAUAUUGAGAAGUAAACAGUAUUUACACAACUAAUAGCUCAUGAUAAAGAAGUAUAUGACAUUUCUUUUUCUUCUGAUAAAAACUUAUUCGCUUCUGUUGGUGCUGAUGGAAGUGCUCGUCAAUUCGAUUUAAGAAAUUUGGAACAUUCUACAGUUUUGUAUGAAACCGAAAAUAAUAAUCCCCUUUUGAAAUUAGCCUGGAAUAGAAAUGAUCCACAUUAUAUUGCUGUUAUUGAAAUGGAUCAAAAUUAUGUGACUUUACUUGAUACAAGAAAUCCUCUAUAACCUAUUUGUAAAUUUAAUAAUCAUAAAGAUUGUGUUAAUGGACUAGCUUGGGCACCUUAAUCAAGUUCACAUAUAUGUACUGUUGGAGAUGAUCAUUAAUCUUUGAUUUGGGAUUUAACUGAAAUGAGACCUGAUAUGACAGAACCUUUGUUGGAAUAUAGAGCUGAUGGAGAAAUAGCUAAUUUGUCUUGGUCUUUGUUAUAAAAUGAAUGGCUUGCUAUAUGCUAAAACCGUCCUUAAACGAAAUUAUAUAAUCAUCAAAAUUUAUUUUAUACAGGAAAAAUAAAAGUCGGCAAAAUAAAAGACGGUAAAGAAGAUUUAGAAUACAAUAUGAUAUUUGAUACUGGAUCCACAGCUAUUUUUCUUAAUUCAAUUUUGUGUUCUGAUAUAGGUUGUUAGAAAGGAAAUUAAUAUAACUCUGAAAAUUCUUUUACAUAUAAAAAUGUGGACUUAGAAAUUUACACAUAUUUCGGAAGUGGAGAAUUAGGAGGAAAAAUGGCUAUUGAUACAAUUAGAAUAGGAGACACUAAAAUAGAAAAAGUAGAAUUUUUUCAAAUUAAUAAAGAAGUUGGAUAAGCUUUUGAAUAAGGUGAAUUUGACGGAAUUAUAGGUCUUUCGUAUCCUGCUUUAGGUGGAGGAUUGCUUACUAUAGUUGAUUAUAUGAAAUAAUAAGGUAUUAUAAGUGAAAAAGUGUUUAACUUUUAUUUAAAUCGAGAAGACGAAUCUGAUGAAUCAUUUCUUUCCUUUGGAAAAGUUGACAAAAAGCUUGUUGAUGGGGAAAUAAAUUACCAUAAAGUUUCGAAUCCAAUGUAUUGGACAAUAUAAGCUGAAAAUUUUCUUUUGGAUGGUAAUGAUAUUGGAUUAUGUAGUGAUGACCAUAAAUGUAAUCUUGUUAUUGAUUCAGGAACAAGUAUUGUCACAGGACCGGAAGAAGAUUUAUUAAUUUUAUUUUAAUAUUUAAGUGACUCUGGGUAUGAUUGCAAUGAUAUUAAGAAAAUGCCUACUAUAACGUUUGUUAUUGAUGGUUAAUCUUAUCAUAUUCAUCCAGAAGAAUAUAUCAUUUCUUUUAAUGGAAUUUAAUAAUCACUUUAUAAGCAUGCGGAUAAUCCUACUGAGUGCACAGGUGGAUUUAUUCCAAUGAACAUUAAAGAUCCUAUUUUGGGAAAUUUAUGGAUUAUAGGAGAUUUAAUCAUGAGUAAAUUUUUAACUGUUUUUGAUAGGGAAAAUAAUAGAAUCGGAUUCGGAAAACUUAAAAAUUUAAAUAAAUAAAUAUAUGAGGAAAAUAAUGGACAUAAUGCGCAUUGA